CCAGCAUGACCUCGGUGCUACCGACAACCCGCGCCGUGGGGCCAUUCGCGCCGUCGUCGUCGCUGCCACCGAGACGUCUCUGGGCGCGCAUCGAUGUACUCUUUGGCUACAGCUACAUUCUUCUCUCGCUCUUUUGCGGCGUGUGGUUUCUGCAGCAACUCAACCCGAGUUUCGCCAACGACCUUUUCUGGGCCCACUACAACCUCAGCGGGUACGAAGCCUACCUCAUCGACGUCUCCAACGCCGUCUUGGCGACAACGGACGCGGGCGACAUCGACCUCCUCGCGAUGAGCAUGGACAAGGCGUACACGUCGCCGAUCUCGUCGACGCUCGUGUACACCACCUAUGCGCGGUCGCUCGCCCUCACCAAGUGCACGAGCCUCGAGUACGCCGUGCCCAACGUGCGCAACAUGUCGAUGAGUGCGAUCAAGAACCCAAACGCGCAGUUGUGCUGGGUCGACUUUGAGAAACAAUGGGAAGUCGCCCACACGCUGCGACGCCAAGAACGUUGUGCGCAACGCUACGUCUAUAAUGCCGCCGUCUACUACGAAGCCUACCUUCGCAACACCAACGUCCCGGCCUUUCUGCGCAAGUUUGGCACCCCCGGCAAUGAAUUUUACGUCGCAAUCCUCGCAGCGAUUCUCGUGUCGCCACGUGGUUCACGCUGGCUCGACGCUGUCUCGAACGCGCUGCCAACGACGUCGGUGGACCAAGAAGUCGCCUUCUGGCGUCGCGUGCCACUGACCGAGUUUGUCUACGUGUGGCAAAACGCUGGCAUUACAGGGAUUGCCGAGACCUUGAUCCUCCGAAACGCGCUUGGUAUCGACGAGACGAUCACGGUCAAGAGCGUACCACACACCAGUGGUCAUUGGACGUCGAGCAACCUGUACUUUUUCCUCGGGAACGACUGGUGGAUCAUGCAGCUGACCAACCAAAGCCUCGUGCGCAGCGCCACCAACUUUUUCGGACUCCGUGACGAGUUUGAAGUCUACGGCGGCUACAUGAACAACGAGGAUGGCACGGACUACGUGGGCCCAACGGCGCUGGCCCGCGCGUACAUCGGGCCUUUUCUCUCGAUUGACGCGCUGCUUGUGCCGGUACCGAGCGUGCUUGAAACCUACUACCGCAAGAUGCAAGCCUACAUGACCGCCGUGCCAGGCGACGCGUUUCGGGCGCUCCCCGUUGCGACCUUGGCGCCGUUCCCGCCUGCGUGGCGAAGCGACGUGUACGCCUUUUAUGGCGGCAACAUUUUAUGCUUGUACGGUGGUCCACUCCCGUUUGUGCAAGAGAGUUUUAGCACCGACGACGGCUGCGUCACGCAGGCGCCUCUUCGCGUCCCCACCAGCCGCUUCUCUCUCCUCUUUGCCAGUGCCGCCAUGGCAGCAUGGAACGUGCGCGAUAUCUGCGCGCUCCAGAGCGACAGCCGCUGUCCGGCCACUUUGCAGUCGUUCGGGUUGCUUCUGGCGUCGUCGCCACCACCCAAUAUGGCGCCCGAGCUCGCCAACGUUACAGAGGCGAUCGUAGCACUCAAUGUAUCGCUCAUGCAGUUUGCAACACCGUUGACCAACCGCAGCGACUUUCAACUGCUGUUGCACCCGGUCCUCGCCGACGGCGCGUGGACCUUUUACGGCUGGCUCAUGCUCUGCGACUGGGUCGAAGGCAAGCGCGAGGUGGUUUCGUUCCAAGGCGACGCCGCGACCAUGGUCCUCAUUUCGGCCGCGUACACGCCCGUGAGCUACUCGACGGGUGUCGGCACACGCUACCUCAGCAACGCCAAUGAAAUCUUAUUCUACUUGGUCAACUACACGUCGGCCGUUCUUAUCGGUGUCGGCCUACUCUCGAUUCUCUACGGUCUCUCGCUGCGCGGCCAGCUCGUCGCGGCCAACCUCUUGUAUUUCAACCGGUUUGUUGGAGCCGUGUGGGUCGGCCGACCGCUUCUGCUUCUGCGCGGGUUUGCGGCCGCGCUCCUUUUGAGCACGUCGCCGAUCGCACUUCACACCUCGAAUAACGGCACCACAUCUUUUGCGAUCGUCCAGCGCUCGAUGUUUGACAAGUUUGUCUUUGCGGGCGAAGCGUGCUGGAUAAGCUACGUCGUCACGGACAUUUGCCUCUUGGUGGCGUCGUCGUCGCCGCCGCGCCUCGCACAGAUUGCCCGCACGUGCAGCGCCACCGACAUGGACGACGCGCUCUUGUGCCAAAGCGGUGUGGUCGAGAUUGGCCGCCUCGUUCGCGUGCUCUGGCUCGUCGCUUCCCAACUCGUGGCCAUCGUCCUUGCCUUCGUUCUUGGUCGAGUGGCACAGUGGAUGCGCGUGGCGCCAGCGACAGCGCCGCGGGGACAAGGCCAGCACCACUUGCUGGUCUCGUCCGUUGCACACGCCUUUGUGGCCUCGUCCGACACGACCGUGUGGGCGCUCGAUGCCGUCUCGUGCCUCCUUUGCGGCUUGCUGCCGCUUCGCUUCCGUGGCCAAGACUACCUCUUUGAUUUGCGGCUGUGGCUGCUCGUCCGUGACGGCGACAACCACCACGUGACACCGCUGGCGGCACCCCACGUCGACGCGCUGGAGGCAGCCAAACCAGUCGUUCCAACGGUUCCCAUGGUCCCCACGGCCCGCACGUGGCAGUAUGAAAACAACCCGGUCUUUGCUGCCCUCGGAUUUGUCUAUAUCAUUGUGGCCAUCAUUGGCAGCGUCUCGUACUUUGAAGUGUCCCGCGUCAACUUGGCCAACGAUCUCUCAUGGGCGACCUUCAAUAUGACCGGGGCCCAUGCGUUCAUCGCGAAUUACCUCAACGAGUUUACGCUCUACAUGCCGCUGUCAACCCAGCAGGGCUUUGAUUUGGACGAUGCGGGCCUCGCACUGCCAGGUGCGUACAACGACUCGUCCGGCGUUGUCAUCUCGUCGCGUCUCCACCCGUCGAUCGUGCAGUACACGCUACUCAACAGCACCACGGCUGCGAUCCGCGAUCUUCGUCGAACGAGUGCGUGCCAUGUUCCCUGGAUCUUUACUGCCUACUGCUAUGUUGACUUUGCAAAAACUUGGAGUGUGGCCGCAACCGCGUCGCGCGCGUCACGCUGCGACGCCAUGGCGUCCAACGGCGCUGUCUACCUCGAGGCGGUCUUGCGCAACGUCGCGUGGAGCGCCUGGCUCUCUUGUGGGUACGGCGAGGCCUUUGAGAUCGCCUUUGGCAACGAGCUUGCAACGACGAUGGCUGGCCAGCGCUGGCUCGCCUCGGUGCAAACCGACGCCCUUGUUCCGAUUUCUGCCGAAGUCGCACACUGGACAGCGGCUCGCAUUACGUCGUAUACGCUGCAGUGGCAAACCUUCAAGACACUUGGUUUGAUCAACACGUAUAGCAUCAGCAACGCGUACGGCGGAGUCUACCCGCUGACGCUCCAAGCGACCAACGGCUCGUUCCAAUCCACGCACGCCACGUCGUACAAGAUGUACUGGGGGCUGGCCAACGACUUGAUGGCCGUCGCGACCAAUGCGACAUUGGGAAUCGCAGGGCAGAGUCUACUACGAUCGAGCGCCAACUUUGCGUUCGUAAACACUUCGGCAACCUCUGUGCUGACGGCUGCCGGUGCGCUGACAUCCCCGCUGACCCGCGCCAUGACGCUCGUGCAAGAUGCCGUGCUCGGACCGUUUGGCGCGGUCGAUGUCUACUAUGUCCCCGCGCCAAUGAGCCUCAAGGCCGCGGUGCAGCAGCUGAAAACGUACGUGCGACGACGGCUCCGACAAGAGCCGCACUGCCAAAAGCUGUUUGCCAACAUUUCGACGAUCGACUCGAACCUUGUGAUUCCAGCGGCGUGGGCCGACAUCGGUUUCUUCUCGACCGGCGGGCCAUUGCUUUGUGACGACGGCAGUCCGCAGCCCAUCUCGGCGGGCCCUCGCACGCUGCUCUCUCGAGGCACGUGCCCGACCUCCAACACCCUUAGCAGCAUUGGCAUGUCGGCCACAUACCUCGUUUUGGCGGCCGUGCUGAGCAACCUCCCAUCGCUUCUCUCGCAUCCAGGCAUGGACAUUGCAGCGAUCUGUGCGCAGUCCAGCACGAGCCCGACAGCGUGUGCGCGGUACCUCAACGCCACCAUGGCCUUUCUACCGGCGUGCGUCAACUCGGGGUACUCUGCCUACACCCCGCUGCUCGCCCACGCCCGGUCGGACCUCCAAGCGCUCAACAUUUCGCUCAUGCAAAUGGGCAUCGCCAACCUCUCCGCGCCAUUGACCAUGUACACGUCGCAGCUCCUCGACCCGAGCGAUCGUCGGUUUGACUAUUUUGCUUGGUUUUAUCUCUAUGACUGGAGCCGGGGAACGCGCGAGGUCGUGUCAUUUCAAGGCGAUGUGGGCGCGAUCUCCAUCAUGUCGGACUACCAUUCGCUGGUGGCGCGCGAGGCACAGCGCUGGGAACUCUCGACCAUCGUCGCCUCGUACGCCCGCGCGUGUGUCCAGUAUGUGACCUUUGUCAUGAUCUGCGUCGCGACCGUCGUUGGUCUCUACAUUCUCUCAAGCCGGGGGCACGUCGAGGGGCUCAACAUGCUCGUGCUCAACCGCGUCGGCGGCAUCGUUUGGGUCGGCCGCCCGCUCCUCUUUGUCCGUAGCUUGACCGCAGUCUGUCUCCUCUCGACCGGCACGCUCGAAUUGGUGUACGAUGGCGGAUACAGCUUUUUUCAGAGCACGUCGAAUCCGUGGUACAAGACGUGGCUCGCGGCCAGCGAAGUCACGUGGCUUCUAUCGGUUGUCAACGACCUCCUCAUGGUCGUCACGCUCGAGUAUACACCGUACUGCGCAACCCCCAACAGCCUCCUAGUGUGGCUCGUCGCUGCGAUCCUUAGUGCCACGUACCCGGUGACCCACUCGGCGACGCUCUCGACCGAUGCAUGCUAUGCAGCCCACGUCGACUUUCAGCUCAUUUGCAACUCGGCGACGAUCUACAUUGGCAGCACGAAUCGGCUCUGGACGCUCAUUGGCGUCGUCGUCGCCUGCAACAUUGUGGUCUACGUCGUUGUUCGCAUGACGCUCACGGAAGCCCCGCGCAGUGAUAUCCACUCGCACUUUCUCUAUGCCGGUGCGCGAUACCUUUUCUGGCAUUCGAAAUGGAAGUACGAGGACGUCUACUACCUCGAUAAAGCGUCCGCGGUCCUCAACGGGAUUCUGCCGCUGCGCUACCGCGGUCGGCUCUACGCGUUUGAUAUCAAACUGUGGCGCAUUUUUACACUGCCGGCGCCAGCGCCGGUGCCGCGCGGCCACGCGUUUUACGAGGCGUCGCAAGCGGCUCUGCCGUUAAUCGAGUACUAG